AUGACAUGUCUGCUUCUGCUACUGGUAUUUUUUGUCAUUCAGAAUGCAAACUCGAUCAGUUUCAAUGCAGAUUCUAUUACAAAUUCAUUAGUAUCAUCAACUGGUAAUUCCAAUACUCAUCCAGAUUCUAAUGCUUUGAAAAAUAAUAAUAUAAAAGACGACAAAACUAGAAAAAUUUCAGAUAAAUCUUCGGAAAAGGGUAACGAUGCAGGUGUCGAUGCUCAGUUCGACAAGAUCAAGCAAGAGGUAGGUUUGGAUACCGGUAAGACAACUCAAGGAGGUUUACCAAGCUCUAUAGGAACUGCUACUGAUAAUAAGAUUAGUAAUAACGAUGAGAAUGGAACAUUCGAUGCUGCUAAAGAAUAUGCCAUGAUUUUGGAUCUGUCGCCAGUGAUUAUCUUCUCAAAGAGCUAUUGUCCAUUUAGUUCUAAUUUGAAACAAUUGUUAUCCAAGGAAUUCUCUUUCACACCAAACUAUUAUGUCAUUGAAUUGGAUAGACAUAGUCAUGGUGCUGAAUUACAAGCUUAUAUUGCUAAAAAAACUGAUAGAUCUACUGUGCCAAACAUGAUUGUUAAUGGUAUUUCUAGAGGUGGUAGAGAUGAGAUUGUUGCUUUGAACGAUGAAGGGAAGUUAUUAGAAGCUUUGAAUGACUGGAGUGAUAAUACAUUCACUGUAAAACAAGCUGAAAAACCAUCAAACAAUUAA